AUAUUCAUUUAUAUUAUAGUGUGUAGUGAUCAGUUAACACAUAGACAUAAAGGUAAAACAGUAAUGACUGAUGAAGAAAGGUAUGAAGCAGUUUGUCAUUGUCGUUAUGUGGAUGAAGUUGUUAAAGAUGCACCAUGGGUAUUAGAUGAUGAAUUUUUGCAAAAACAUAAGAUAGAUUUUGUGGCACAUGAUGACUAUCCCUAUACUAUGGACGAACAAGAAGAUGUCUAUAAAGAUAUCAAGGCUCGAGGUAUGUUUGUCGCUACACAACGUACAGAAGGGAUUUCUACAUCAGAUUUAGUUUCUCGAAUAGUUAGAGAUUAUGAUGUUUAUGUACGACGUAAUUUGGCAAGAGGAUAUACAGCAAAAGAAAUGAAUGUUUCCUAUUUAAAUGAGAAGAAGUUUCUAUUUCAAAAUAAAAUGGAUGAAUUGAAGGAUAAAAUUGAAGGAAAACGGCAUGAAAUUAUACAAAAAUGGGAAGAAAAGUCAAGGGAUUUUAUUAAUUCCUUUUUAGAAAUGUUUGGUAAAGACGGAAGAAUAAAUCAUUUCUGGCAAGAGAGCAAAGGACGUAUUCGUCAAGCACUCUCUCCUAGUAGUAGUCCACCAGCAAGUCCAGCUUCACAACGUGCUAAUUCCACUUCUCCAGUUAAUAGCCAUUUUGUGAACAAUACGGAUUAUUCAGAUGAUGAUGAAACAGAAGGAUAAUAAUAAAGGAAAAUAACAUGUAUAUUUGUAAAUGAAUUUAAAAUCAAAUUGACUGAAUUUCUGCUAAGAAAAUGCUAAUUAAAACUUAGGAUUUAUGGUAAUUUAUCAUCAGCUUAAUUUCUUUGCAAAUUUGCUAUGGAGUUUUUACAUAAUUUUGGUCAAAGAAAGGGAAAAAAUGCAAUUACUAAGAUUGACAAAACAGGAUAAAUUAAAUCACAUCAAUUAGAAUAAUCUAUUAAAGUAAACUGCUUUGAUUAAAGUAAUUUCAACUUGUAUUAUUGCAAUUAUUUCAAAUUAUUUGAAAACAACACUGUGUUUCUUUUAACUAUUUUGAGAAGAAACAUGAUCCUGCUAAUUAUAAAAGACCAAAUAAAAAUGCAUUAAAUGAGUUAAGGACCAAAUGUAAGCAAAAAACAUUUUACUUAUUUAUGUAAAUGAAACAAUUAUUAAAGAUGAAAGAUUUAAUUUAAAAUUUUUUUCAUUUUUUUAAAAAUAAAUUAUUUGAUUAAGUUUGAUGACAGUGGGUAAUUGUUUGAUUCUGGAGAUUUUAUAUUUAUGUAAAAAUUGUCUUUCAGUCUUCCAUCUUUUUAAUUUUAACUAUGACUUGUCAACCAGUAUUGUAUUAAAUGGAAAUUUAAAACAAUAAAUUAUUUAAAUUUUAAUUUUUUCUAAAAAAAAAUUAAU